CCCAUGAUGCACGAAAGCUUCAACAACUUUUUUUUGGUCAACUUGUACAGGUGUAUAAAACCCACCUGUCGAUGUAGCUGAUUCAUACGAUUGUUGAUCCCGUAACGGGCUACAAACUUUUAUUUUGUUUGUUUGUGUAGCCUACUUAGAUAAACAGAAUAAACAGAAGAAUGAUUUGCUUUGUUCUUCUCGUCAUUUCUUUGGCUGUCACCAGUGCCCAGUACGCUCCUCAUCCGGUUCCGCAACCAGGCUACUAUCCAGUCCCUAAUCCAUAUGGUCAAAAUGCUCCAAAUCCAAGUCAGCAGCCAAUCAAUUAUCCGGUCCCUAAUCCAAAUGGUCAAUAUUCUCCGAAUCAAGGUCCGAUACCAGGGAAUUAUCCAGUCCCAAAUCCAAAUGGUCAAUACGCUCCGAUUCCAGGUCCACAACCGGGCAAUUAUUUAAUCUCUAAUUCAAAUAGUCAAUAUGCCCAGAAUCCUCAACAAGGCAACUAUCCAGUCCCACAUCCAAAUGGACAAAAUGCCCCAAAUCCAAAUCCACAACCAGGCAACUAUCCAGUCCCAAAUCCAAAUGGACAAUAUGUCCCAAAUGCAAAUCCUCAACAAGGCAACCAUCCAGUCCCAAAUCCAAAUGGACAAUAUGCCCCAAAUCCAAAUCCACAACCAGGCAACUAUCCAGUCCCAAAUCCAAAUGGACAAUAUGCCCCAAAUCCUAAUCCUCAACAAGGGAACUAUCCAGUCCCAAAUCCAAAUGGACAAAAUGCCCCAAAUCCAAAUCCACAACCAGGCAACUAUCCAGUCCCAAAUCCAAAUAUACAAUAUGCCCCAAAUCCAAAUCCACAACCAGGCAACUAUCCAGUCCCAAAUCCAAAUGGACAAUAUGCCCCAAAUCCUAAUCCUCAACAAGGGAACUAUCCAGUCCCAAAUCCAAAUGGACAAAAUGCCCCAAAUCCAAAUCCACAACCAGGCAACUAUCCAGUCCCAAAUCCAAAUAUACAAUAUGCCCCAAAUCCACAACCAGGCAACUAUCCAGUCCCAAAUCCAAAUGGACAAAAUGCCCCAAAUCCAGAUCCACAACCAGGCAACUAUCCAGUCCCCAAACCAAAUGGUCAAUACAGUGACGAUUCCCAGUCAAGCAAUCCAGUGCCAAAUCCAGUUUAUCAGCCAGAGGAAGACAGUGAAGAAAAUUUUUACAAGGAUUUCCCCUUCCCAUCUGGCAAUAUUGAAUACUACAAAAACAAUGAUAAUUCCGACCUGAACGGUGUAUUGGAUAUGUUCAAGUAUGAGGACGAACCAGAAUACAAUCCAUCUAAAGAUACAACACACUAUUCCAAGCCGGUUUACAAAGAUGCUGAUGCAAGCCAUGGAAAUUAUAAAUGUGAUGCAGGCAGCAAUCGGAAAUUCCCCAUUGAGGGUGUCUGCUUCGCUUACUUUGUGUGCGUGAAUUCGGAACUCCAAUAUCGUCAGUGUAAAGAUGGAUUCAGAUUUAAUGCUGCAUCCGCAAGUGACGCUUCUUGUGUUCCGGAUCCAACCUGUGUCACUGCCUGUCAGGAUGGCUGGGAAGCUGACCCAAACGACAUUACAUAUUAUUUCCUUAAUAAACAAAGAAUGCCGUGUCCAGAGGGUACUUACUUUGACAGGAAGAUCUGUGGAUGUCAAUUCAAAUCGACGCUGAAACCCUAUUACCAGUAAUGAUGGCAAUGAAACCAGCACAUAGGCCUACCCAAAUAGCAUCAAGCACAAAGCUAGACAACUGCAACAAUAAAAACAGCCAGAUGUAACCAUGAGAAGAAAUUAAACCUUUUUUUACUGUGA